UGGACUCAAUACUACUAGCUAGAGGAAGCAAAACACGGAUGGUUCCUGUUGUGUGUUCAGAUUUCAGUUUGCUAUGCCUCGAAACGGUGACGAAAGAUGAAGAUUUGAAAGCAUGUGAUUUUACGGCUUGAUCUGAGUGUUGUGAGGGAGAGAGACAGAAACAGAGACAGGACUGAAAGGAAAGGUAAAGGAGAGAAGUGGGGAUAACGUGUUUUAGAAAGAAAGGAGGGAAGGAAGGAAGGAAGGAAGGAAGGAAGGGAAGGAGGGAAGGCAAGAAUAUCAACUGGAUUUUUCUAUUUUUUUUAAGCAAGACUGGGUGAUUGGUAAGGACGCAGUGGGCGCCAAACACCGCUAGAGUGCAAUAGGAAGGGAGAAAAACAGAAAGAAAGUGAAGCACCCCAGCGUCUGAAAAUGGAGACCGAAUACUUGGCCAUUAUCAUCACCAUCUCUGUCCUGGGCGGGGUGGUGUUGGUGUCCUGCCUGACGGUGUGCAUUACGAAGAUUGUCACUGAUAGGUCGCUGAGGAAGAGUUUAGCAAAGGGUCAGGUCUUAAGGCAGACGGUGACGGCGCCUUCCUACGUCCGCUACAACGACCCGGAGCCACAGACCCCAAUUGCUCUCGCUCCUGAGGGCAACCCGUGGGAGAGUGACUUCCCUGGCUACCACACCAACCCUUCGCUGGAGUACUACAUCCCAGACUCCCCCGCUGACUCCUUAGGCCAGUCCCAGCUCCAUGUACCUCCUCCAGACUUGUCCAGACGCCCUUCUGAUGUCCAGGACAGACGACCAAGUGUCCAGAACAUCCCCCGUCGAUCCUCUUACGUACAGGAUCUGCCGCCCAUGACCCCUUACGAGCAGGAUAUGCCACGUAGAACAUCCUAUGCUGAAGGAGUGCAGCGGAGGCCCUCACACGCUCAAGGGAUGCCAAGGACACGAUAUUCCUACGCCCCUGAACUCGGCAGGAGACCCUCUCAGGCUGUACAGCGCAGGUCGUCCAUGGUCAGUCAGAUCAGGCCACAACCACCCGGCGGUGAGCUGUGGUUCAACUACUUAAGGGACGAUCCAGAGUACUUCACGGCCGAGGGGCUAGAGUGGAACAAGAUGCAGCCCAGGGUGUGGCAGGGCAGAAGCAGGGAUGUGCCGCUCCCCGCACCUCACUACGCCCUAGACCGCAGGAUGGGCGAGGCCCCCUCCGAGGCUUACCACCGCCAGGCCGCCAGUCGCCUCAGCUGGAUAUAAACGUCAACCUGAACAAGACUUGCCUUCACUCAUCCCCUCCUGCAGGACUAUAUUCUGGUAAACUUCUGCGCCGCACCCCGACUGAUUUCAAAGGACUUUAGUUGAAAAGACACUGGUUUUUGAGGGUGUUUUUAUGAUUUGGUCACAGAUUAACAAGGUUUCUACAUUAUGAACCGGAGAAAUACUUUUGAGAAGCCGGCUAAUCAUCUCUGUGGCCUUUGAAAACAGUCGUGGUGAGAGAGCAGAGCGUUUCAAAAUACGGGUCAAACUUCCUGUCAGUCCCGUUUGGAGCGUCUUAAAAAUGUUAAGAUAAGUAUUGAGCCAAGUGAGUCACCCUGGCCAAGGACUGAAGCACUGAACCCCCGAAGCAGAUGGAAGCUCGGUACUUUUGACGUAAGGAUCAAACGCUCAUCAGGUUUCAAAGUUCAAUUCUGGGCAUUUAUAGCUUCGAAUACCUCUUCACACUUCCACGCCACUCACUGUCUUUAUCUUAAGCACUGUGAUUUUACCAGUGCCCGGACCACAGCUGACCCGGAGACCCAUGAAAACAACUUAACACACCGCCAGUGAUAAAAAGGGGCGGAUAUUAGCUGGUGAGAAGGAAAAUUAAAAGAAAACGGAUCCUGCAGUGUCAUGAUGGACGUGUUAGAUAACUAAGAUAAACUCAUGAUCGAGAUACAGAGGGACAAAAGUAGAAUAAGAUUGUCAGAGAAGAGAAGCUGUAAAAAUUACUAGACAAAAUACCUCUUAUGUAAGUCGUGGAGUUUAGGUCACGGAUGGAAGUGACCUAAAUAACAAAACAUUGACUUUUUGUACGUACAGUAACAUAACCCCGCCUAAAGCACGGUCGCAAUUAUCGUACCUCAGUGAUCCGCAUUCCCAAACAUUCCAGCGCUUUAUUUCCACCUUUAAAAGUCUCUUGUGGAAUGUAUAGGAGUCUUUAAGGGUGUCUGAAUGAUCCUAGUGAUAGUUUAGUACCGAUUCGAUGGUAAUAAUGGGGAAAACAGCCAUUGGAACCGAGGAACCUUUCCCGUUGCCUUUGAAAACAGUGCUGAUGAGAGAACAAAGGGUUUCAGAAUACAACGACUGAUUCAUGUCUGUAUUUUAGUUUCCACGUGUCACAAACAAGCCGUCUGGACCCAUUACUCAUUAUGUAAUAGAGAAUAAAGAACAAUCAAGUCAU